GUCCAAUUGAUAAACGCGACAAUAUACGCCACUUCCAACGCUCCCUCCCAAACCGCAGAAUACACGCUUCAAAGAGAAAGAAAAGAUGCAGUUCCCUACCACCGUCAUCGUGUCCCUCCUCAUCACAGUCGCGGCCUCUGCGCCCAUCGCUUCAAACUCUGCGCUACUGUCCCCCCUAUCUAUCUCCGCCCCAGCGCCGCUCAAGCAUGAAUCCGCUUCGCCAGCGGUGAACGUCACACCACAGUAGACAAUCCUGCACGAGCAAAGAAACAGAGGUUGGAAGAUGUAAUAUUGCGGGUGUUGGGCAGUUAACGGGCAUGAUUCUGGAGUAGAGGAGUGU